AGCAGCAGCGCGGCGCGCGCCUCGCGCUCGGCACGCAGUCGGUGGUCGAGCUUACGCGGAGUACGUAUGUGUGCGUGCAACGUGUUGUGUGUGGUCUCUGUGGUGAAGUUGACAGUGGUUUCUAUUUUGUUGGCGGCCUGUUCCUGAGCCGCCUCGCCCGCCGUGCGAGCGGCACCGAUGUGACCUCCCGUCUAUUUUCUUUAUUUUCGUUGAGGACCCGAUACCGACCAAGGUGGCGAAGAUGCGAGCCGAAGACAUCUUGGCCGAGGAGCAGCUCCUCAACGGCCGAAGCAUGCUCGGAUUUGAACACACUCUUAUGUUUGGUCAGUACAAGGAGGACCUAGGAGCCUUCGCCAAAUCCGAGGCGCUUCGGCUAAAGACUCUAGAGAAGCUGCGCAAGAAGGAGGAGAAGCUCGACCAGAAAGAACUCAAGCCGUACCGGCCGGAGUGGCAGCGAAAGUGCUUCGACUUCUUGUCCAGCAUCUGGAAACACACGUUCGCCCGCCUCGGCGAGGACUGGGUCUUCCUCAUCCUCCUCGGCGUCAUCUCGUCGCUCAUCAGUUUCUCCAUGGACUACGGCAUAUCCAUGUUCCUCAAGACAAGAAGAUGGCUACACAGAGAUCUGACGGACAAUUUAAUAUUGAAAUACGUUGUCUGGGUUUUCUUCCCGGUGUUAUUAAUAUUAUUCUCAUCUGGAUUUGCUCACACCGUAGCGCCGCAAGCAAUAGGCUCCGGCAUCCCCGAGAUGAAGACCAUCCUUCGCGGAGUCGUACUUAAGGAGUACCUCACCUUCCGGGCCCUGGUGGCCAAGGUGAUCGGCCUCACCUGCACCCUCGGCAGCGGACUGCCGCUCGGAAAAGAGGGACCAUUCGUGCACAUAUCGAGUAUGAUAGCCACAGUCCUUAGUCGUAUCGUGGCUUCCUUCAAGGGCAUCUACGAGAACGAGUCCCGGGCUAGCGAGAUGCUCGCCGCAGCCUGUGCCGUGGGCGUCGCCUGCACCUUCGCAGCUCCGCUGGGCGGAGUGCUGUUUAGCAUCGAGGUAACCUCGGUCUUCUUCGCGGUGCGCAACUAUUGGCGCGGUUUUUUCGCCGCUGCCUGUGGCGCCCUCGUCUGGCAACUGCUUGGAGUCUGGCUCAAGGAGCAAGAUACGAUAACUGCAGUCUUCAGGACAAACUUCCGAAUGGACUUUCCCUUUGAUCUCAUUGAACUAGUCGUUUACGCUGUGAUGGGGGCCGCCUGUGGAGUGUUGGGUGCCACGUUCGUCUACAUGCACAAGAGGGUUGUGCUGUUCAACCGAAAACACAAGCGCAUGAGCGCAUUCCUGCAGAGAAAUCGUUUUCUGUACCCGCUGAUUAUUACUGUGUUCAUAUCAUCGGCCACGUUUCCCGAGGGCCUCGGACAGUUUAUGGCUGCAGAGCUGACGACGCACGAGGCGGUGCACGACCUGUUCUCGAACUUCACGUGGACUUCGAGCGAGCUGGGAGUGGACGAGCACAUGGUGGUCAACCACUGGGGUACCACCAAGGGCCGCGUAUUCCUCACGCUCAGCCUGUUCAUCUUCAUGAACCUGUGGAUGACCGCUCUGGCCGCCACCAUACCCGUACCGCUGGGCCUCUUCAUACCCGUCUUCAAGAUGGGCGCCGCCUUCGGCAGGCUCGUCGGCGAAACGAUGGCCGUCCUUUUUCCAGAAGGGAUACGCAUGGGCGACAACAUCAACAAAGUCAUUCCUGGCGGCUAUGCCGUGGCAGGCGCAGCAGCCAUGGCCGGAGCAGCAACACGAACCAUAUCGACCGCCGUCAUUGCGUUCGAGAUGACGGGACAGAUGUCGCACAUUCUUCCUGUUAUGAUAGCGGUGCUGAUAGCGAAUGCAGUGUCCCAGAUGCUUCAACCUUCAGUGUACGACUUGAUCAUCAAAUUGAAGAAGCUACCGUACCUGCCGCCUAUCUUGUCCACGUCUUCCGAAGCUCACAGCAUUUACGUGGAGGACAUUAUGGUGCGCGACAUAAUCUUCAUCUGGCAAGGGGCCACCUACAAAGACCUCAAGCACCUGCUGCGCACCAACAAGCGCCUCAACUGUUUUCCCCUCGUAGAGUCUCCCGACUCUAUGAUCCUGCUGGGCUCGAUACCUCCUGAGCUUCUGCGGCUGAUGGAGCUGCAGCUGGGUCGCUGGCGGCGGCUCCAGGAGGUGGCCCGGCGCCGCUCCAUGGACCACACGGCGCGAAAGAGCCCCAUGGAGCAGCGGCGUCAGUCGCGCUUCGAAGUCGUCCCUGUCACCAACAGUGGAAGGCCUUCUCCAAAAUCUUCACCACCUCCGUCUCCACCUCUAACACCAAAGUCACCAAAAAAGUCAAUCCUGAAAGACUAUGGCAUGCAGUCUCCAUACUCAACAAUCACAUCUCAAGAUUCAAGACUAAGGCAAGCAUUUGAAGUAAUAUUCAGGAAAUCAUUAACCCUUCAAGAUGUAAACCCUGAUAAAGAUGCCAGUUUACCCAACACUCCGACAAGCACAAAAAGGGUACAGCUGCCCCGUGAAAGAAUUAUUGACAUGUCGCCUGAAGAGCAACUUUCAUGGGAAGAGGAGCAGCUAGCCCAACCUAUUGACUAUGCACAUUGUCACAUUGACCCUGCACCAUUCCAACUGGUUGAGAGGACUACACUGUUGAAGGUUCACUCCAUAUUCUCAAUGCUUGGUCUCCAGCACGCUUAUGUCACGGCCAUAGGACGUCUCAUUGGUGUGGUCGCUCUCAAAGAGUUGAGGAAAGCCAUUGAGAAAAUGAACAGUGGAGGCUUUUCUAAGCCAGCCGGUGCACCGGGAAGCGAGCUGCCCAAUGGGACGGCUUCCGGUGCUGAAGCGCCAUCAGAGACACAGUCGGAGUCUGAAGACGCUGCUGAAUCCUCGUCCAAGACAACACGGCAGAAGAAGUCUUCCAAAAAGUCAGCAAACAAAGGAUCACCUGUUUGACACUAGAACAACUCUAAAAACCGAGGAGCAUGAAUGUUUGUCAAGUACUCUAGACAUUUGCACACCAAAUCGCAUCGUUUGUAUUGCUGUAUUCUCCUAGAGGCCGCAGUGACAGCGCCGACGACAGCUCCUUGCCAUUACAGAAGGCUGUAAUGAGAGCAAAGGGUGCCUGAACAAGGCAGAGACUAGUGUGUUUCGAUCUUCCAGACUGUAAUUCAAGGCAUAAUUUACUAGCUGUCAUAUUUGUUAUAUCGAUAGUAGGAAGAGGUCGAGUAUGUGUGUUCCAUGCGAAGAAUAGCACGUCGACAAGUGAUUUUAAUUUCGCUAGUUACUGCAUCUAGGUUCGUGUUGUUAGUCCAUGUUCAUUGGUUAUUUGUUGCCACACAUUCAAUUAAUUAAAGUAUAAUGUCAUUUUGCACUUUGUUUCAUCAUCAUAUUUCCAGUUUCAGAUGCAUUAUACCAAGAGGCAGUAAGGCUGGAACUUCAUUUGUUUUUGUUUAUUUUUCUUUGUCAUAAACAAGCAUUCAUCUUUGCACGUGUACAUGCGAGGCUGGCCUCUUAUGAAGUAGGCCAGGAUUUUUUAGUAGUAAAUGCAAAAUGUGAUUGAUAAUUAUGGUGCUUGCUAAAAAAAAAUGUAUUUUGUGUGCUAUUCUUGUAGACAUGUUAAAGUGGUCACUAUUUUUUAGUUUUAAUCUUCUUUGUGCUGAACAUUUGCACAAUGCUGUGGUAAGAUAUUGGUGCCUUUCUCUACACUAUUGCUCAUGUGUAGUAACAACAUUGGUGUUUUUACAACUGUGGAAUCAUAUUAUCG